AAUGCGCUGUCUCGUGUCACAUGUGACAGAGCGCAAUAGACAAACCAGAGACAGCUUUUCAGUUUGUUUUGAUACUGUUAAGGCGUGGAAAGUGUUAAUCUAAUUUUAUCUAGGUUGUAAUAAUUAAUAGUUAAAUAUUAAUACCGUGGAGGCUGUAACAGUGAGCGGUCAUAUUUCGCUUGAAAUCUAGGCAAGCGCUAUUGCAGAGAUUUUCUUCAGUGUGCUGGACUGGACUACAACCAAACCACUGGAAUACAUUAAGGAUCCAGUUUAACAAAAUGAGCACCGGUAAGAGAAUGGAAGAUGAGGCGGUGGUGGACAGAGGGGCUUCGUUACUCAAACACUUAUGUGAUGAAGAAGAGGUUGAAGGUCACCAUACCAUAUACAUCGGCGUGCAUGUGCCCAAGAGCUACCGGCGACGGAGACGUCAUCGCAGACGCACCGGUCACAAGGACAGAAAGGAGAAAGUGAACGAAAAUGCUUCGGACAGGUCGGACGCUGAGAACAAUGAGGAGGCCAGCAAUAGCAUCCUCAAACCACUCAUCUCACCUGCGGCCGAGCGCAUCCGAUUCAUUCUGGGAGAGGACGAUGAUAGCCCAGCACCCCCUCAGCUUUUCACAGAGCUGGAUGAGCUGCUGUCUGUUGAUGGCCAGGAAAUGGAGUGGAAGGAAACUGCCAGGUGGAUCAAGUUCGAAGAGAAGGUGGAAAAAGGUGGAGAGCGAUGGAGUAAACCACAUGUGGCCACUCUGUCCCUACACAGUCUCUUUGAGCUAAGGACAUGUAUAGAGAAAGGCACCGUCAUGUUGGACCUAGAGGCCUCCACUUUGCCAGGGGUUGUUGAAAUGAUCACUGACAGUCAGAUUGAGACCGGUCAAUUGAAAGCUGACCUGAAAGAUAAGGUCAUGUACACCUUGCUGAGGAAGCAUCGUCACCAGACCAAGAAGUCCAAUCUUCGCUCACUAGCUGACAUUGGCAAGACUGUCUCGAGUGCAAGUAGGCUGUUUUCCACACCGGAUAAUGGUAGCCCAACCACCGCACAUAGGAACUUGACAUCAAGCAGCCUCAACGAUAUUUCCGACAAACCAGAAAAAGAUCAGCUGAAGAACAAGUUUAUGAAGAAGCUACCGAGAGAUGCUGAGGCCUCCAAUGUUCUGGUUGGUGAAGUGGACUUCCUAGACAGUCCUUUUGUGGCCUUUGUAAGGCUGCAGCAGGCUGUCAUGUUGGGGGCGCUGACCGAAGUGCCUGUGCCCACCAGAUUUCUAUUUAUUCUUCUUGGGCCCAAAGGCAAAGCCAAGUCAUAUCAUGAAAUUGGUAGAGCAAUCGCAACCCUGAUGUCUGAUGAGGUCUUCCACGAAAUUGCGUACAAAGCCAAGGACAGACAAGAUCUCCUCGCUGGCAUAGAUGAGUUCUUGGAUGAGGUCAUCGUCCUCCCUCCAGGAGAAUGGGACCCUGCCAUUCGAAUAGAGCCUCCCAAGUCCUUGCCAUCUUCAGAUAAAAGGAAGAACAUGUAUGCUGGAGGGGACAGCACACAGAUGAAUGGAGACAUGCCUCACAGCGAUGGACAUGGGGGCGGUGGGCACGCAGUAGUCGAUGAGCUGAAAAAGACGGGGAGAUUUUGUGGAGGCCUUAUUCUUGAUAUUAAAAGAAAAGCACCUUUCUUUGCAAGUGAUUUCUAUGAUGCACUACACAUCCAGUCUUUGUCUGCGAUCCUUUUCAUCUACCUGGGAACGGUAACCAAUGCCAUCACAUUUGGAGGACUGCUAGGGGACGCCACAGAAAACAUGCAGGGUGUGCUGGAGAGCUUUCUGGGUACUGCAGUGACUGGAGCUGUUUUCUGUCUCCUGGCUGGACAGCCUUUGACCAUCCUCAGUAGUACAGGGCCGGUGCUAGUGUUUGAACGACUACUCUUCAACUUCAGCAGGGAAAACGAUUUUGACUACCUAGAAUUCCGUCUAUGGAUUGGCUUGUGGUCAGCUUUCUAUUGCCUGGUCCUCGUGGCUACUGAUGCCAGCUUCCUGGUGCAGUAUUUCACUCGGUUUACAGAGGAGGGCUUCUCCUCUCUAAUCAGCUUCAUCUUCAUCUACGAUGCUUUCAAAAAGAUGCUGAAUUUAUCCCAUUAUUACCCAAUCAACUCGGACUACAAAGUCAACUAUGUCACACAGUAUGACUGCAUGUGUAUGGCGCCCACUGAAGUUAAUACAUCGGAUGUGUAUACUGAUCCGUUUGAUCCAACACUAGCCUGGACUGUAAAUUACACCGAUACACGUUUAAAUGCUAGCUGGUCAUCCCUGACAAAGAAGGAAUGCCUGAAAUAUGGAGGGGAGUUGGUGGGCAAAGCCUGUGACUUUGUGCCUGACAUCACCCUCAUCUCCUUCAUUCUCUUCUUUGGCACCUACACCUGCUCCAUGUGUCUAAAGAAAUUUAAGACUAGCCCUUACUUUCCUACUACUGUGAGAAAGCUCAUAAGUGACUUUGCCAUUAUUUUGGCCAUUUUAAUCUUUUGUGGUGUUGAUGCUCUUGUUGGGGUUGAAACACCAAAGCUCAUAGUGCCAACUGAAUUUAAGCCAACAAGCCCACACCGCGGCUGGUUUGUGCCACCGUUCGGAGGUAACCCCUGGUGGGUGUAUCUGGCAGCUGCUCUACCUGCCCUGCUGGUCACCAUCCUGCUCUUCAUGGAUCAGCAGAUCACCGCUGUCAUCGUCAAUCGCAAGGAGCACAAGCUCAAGAAAGGUGCAGGCUAUCAUCUGGAUCUGUUCUGGGUAGGUGUUCUGCUGGCAUUGUGCUCUUUCAUGGGUUUGCCGUGGUAUGUUGCCGCCACGGUUAUUUCUAUCGCUCACAUUGACAGCUUAAAGAUGGAGACAGAGACGUCUGCCCCUGGAGAGCAGCCCAAAUUCUUGGGCGUCAGGGAACAAAGAGUCACUGGUGUAGCCGUCUUCCUUCUUACUGGUCUGUCAGUCUUUAUGGCUCCCAUCCUCAAGUUUAUACCUAUGCCAGUGCUAUAUGGAGUUUUCCUCUACAUGGGUGUUGCAUCACUAAAUGGAGUGCAGUUUAUGGACCGUCUCAAGCUGCUCCUAAUGCCUGCCAAACACCAGCCAGACCUGAUCUAUCUGCGGCAUGUCCCGCUGAGGAAGGUCCAUCUCUUUACCUUUGUGCAGAUGCUCUGCCUGGCUCUUCUCUGGGUCCUCAAAUCCACCGUGGCUGCCAUUGUCUUUCCAGUUAUGAUCUUGGCUUUGGUUGCUGUAAGGAAGGCGUUGGACUAUCUCUUUUCUCAGCACGACCUCAGCUUUCUAGAUGACGUCAUACCCGAGAAGGACAAGAAAAAGAAAGAGGAUGAGAAGAAAAAGAAAAAGAAGAAAGACGAUAGUGUAGACAGUGAUAUGGAAGAUUCUGACUAUGCUUUCAAUGAGAACGUCCCCAGCAUUAAAAUCCCAAUGGACAUGAUGGAGCAUGAGCCUUUUUUAGGAGAUAAGGCCUCUGACAGAGAGAAGUCCCCUUCAUUCCUUGACCGAUAUUCAUCAUGCUGAAAAACAUCACUACUUUCAUACUAGCUCAUUGUCAAGUUCAGAGAGACUGCCGCUGAAUGUGCCUCAAAUUAAAAUAGACAUGGACCCAGAUGACAACAACGGCUACUACUGGAGGAAUCGUGGGUCUGAGACUUCCAUAUAACUUUUCCGGACAACAGUCUGCAAACAUAGAUUUUAAGCUCUUUUAUUUCACUUUUAUCUCUAGGUGUUCUUUCAAUUUUCCGAAAGGCAGUUUGCCAAUGGAUAUUUUUUCAGUUUCCCAUCACAGAUGGUUUUAAGAAUGGCUUGAGAAAAAGCUUGUUUUCCACUCACCCAAUUACUAUGGUUUAUGUAAUCCCUAAACUACUAUGCAAUUCACUUCACUGUUUCACGUAUGUGCUGAGCUUCAGAACAAUGCUGUAACUGUUUUACCACUACUGGGAAUGAAUGACUCCCCUUUUAUUCAUCCAUUUCAAUACAGUACAUUUCUUUCUAUCAAAUUCACUUAUUGUUACUGUUUUCUCUUUUAUUUUUGCUGCUCUACCUCUGUUUUACUUGGUAGGCGUUAUGUGAAAAUUAAAUAACUUCUUUCAUUGUUUUUUUUCCAUUUGCACAGCAUGAGAUUUUAAAGUUAAUCAUAUAAUGUACAUCUUGAAUGAACUAGACAAGAAAUUAUAUUUUGUUGAGAGACAGAACACCUGUGAAAUAGUAUAUAAUAUUUAGCUGUUGAUUAACCUGUUAAUGAUGGUUAAUUUUUAAUAUAUAAAAAUAAUUGAAUCCUUGGUUUCCUGCUGUUAUAUAUUUUAUCGUUUAGAUUUUAUAUUUGCUAUAAUAUUUAAUUUGUAACAUUUAUGCCUAAUUAUUUAAAAAUAAUUAUAAGCCUAAUAUAUUAUGACGCAUAAUCAGUAGUCAUUAUAAUUUUCUAAUGUUAUUGGGCUUUUGCUUUCAUGACAGGUUAGUGAAACAUGCAAACCUGCGACAUACUACAUGUAAACCCAGAAUUGCUUGUCUUGCAAAUGAUUUACCCAAGUGGCUUAAACCUUAAUUGCAAUAUUACAUUGUUUUUUUUUUGUUUUUUUCUUUGCUAUUGUGAACUUCAGAUCACCUUUUUCUUUGUGCAUUAUUUAAGUGAUUUCUAGUUAUUGAUUGAAUGUUAUAUUGUUAGCUGUGGCAUUUAUAAAAAUGAGUGUCACAAAAUCCACAAUGUGAUACAUUUGAAUGAAGAUGGUUAUACUGGAAAAGAGAAUGUGCUCUCCAGAUGUAGCAAAUGUAGCCUGCAUGUCCUAAACAUGUCAUCUCUGAGCCUUGAUAUUUUAUAUAUUAAGAAGAACCCAAUAUUCUGUGUUGAUUCCAACAUUUUUAUCAACCUCUCAUCACUUUAUAUUUUCUCUCUCUUUCAAAAACCAACAAAAAUGUAUCGAUCUUUAUAGAAAUAUUUUUAAAAUCAUCUUCUUUUAAGUAUAAGAUUACAUUUUUAACAUUUUGGGGUACCUGCCUGAGACAGAUGAAAUAUAUUGUGAAAGUAUGUUCUUAAACAUCUAAACAAUGCUAAAUAUUUUAGAGUGUAGAUUUUUGUGACUUUUUAGAACAAAACAGCUGAAAUUAUUUUAGAAUUUAUAUUUUUCAAAGGAAAUGAAUAAUAAAAAUGAACAGAAUUUAUUAAAUGGUCUCUCUGUGCCUUUUUCUGUGUGUUAUAUAAGCUGGAUUUUUAAGUGAUUUCUUGUUUUUCUUGUAUGAAAUAUUUUGUGAUGUAUUAGUAAAGUGCAAAUAAGACCAUCAAAGCAAUUUACAGUGAAAAUACUGAUUAAAAUUUGUUUCGCAGCAGCAAACUAUGUGACAGUCACCUGCCUAUUAUUAAAUAUGAUACAACAUUA